CGACGGUUUCAAGGCGCCCGCGGAGUCCCAACCGUAGAAAAACAAAGCCCCGGAUAGCGACAAAACUCCUAUUUUACGUCCAACCGGGCACGGGAAUCCGUUUUAUCGCAUCGAAACCGGCCCCGGCGAGCUAUUUUCGGUGUUUUUCGCCGCUCUCCGACGCCUUUCCCCGGCGGUGUUGUUUAUCUGUAGUAAAGGGGGGCUUGAAACCGCCCUCCCUUGCCCCAUUUCCUCGGUUGUUUUCCUUCUCUCGCCUGGAUUCUCCAUGUUGUUGCUGCAAGAGUGAAGACUUCGCAGCGACGGGAAGAGAGAAGGAAGGAGGGGGGCUGCUCGGCGAUAUUAACCGGGAAUAAUAUCGGUAGAAAAGGACACACAGAGAGAGAGAGAGCGAGAGAGAGCGAGAGAGAGCGCGGACGCAAAUAGCCUCUUUUAAAAACAACAAAAACAACAUAUCCUAAGUGCCUUGCCCCCUCCCCAGGCGGACCGUCGGGGAGAAGAAGAGGAAGAAGAGGAGCGGCGGAGGUUGGAGGGAAUAAAGAAAACCCAGAAACACGAGAUUAAAACCCCACCGAGGACGGAUGACAAGGGAUACCUCGGUGAAUAAUUGAGUCCGCUUGUCAACAAAAGCCCAAUGAGGGAUGCCCACCGGUGCUCGCGGACAGGAUUUGAGGAUUUUGAGGGCUCCGUGAUUGUCAGAUGGAAAGUUCUGUUAUCACCCAAGUGCAGAAAGAAGACGUCCAAGUGUCCCCGAAAACAGGUGAGCACAGCCCCGGUGUGUGUCUGCAGCAGUGUCUUUCACAGGUGUAUGUCCUGAAGAGGCCGUAUGUGGAUGAGUUCCUGCAGAGGAUGGGAGAGUUGUUUGAAUGUGUGCUGUUUACAGCCAGUCUCGCAAAGUAUGCAGACCCAGUGACGGACCUGCUGGAUCAUUGUGGGGUAUUCCGGACCCGGUUAUUCCGGGAAUCUUGUGUAUUUCACCAGGGCUGCUAUGUGAAAGAUUUGAGCCGCCUGGGCAGAGACCUCCACAAAACCCUCAUCCUGGAUAACUCCCCUGCCUCCUACAUCUUCCACCCUAAUAAUGCUGUUCCUGUGGUGUCAUGGUUUGACGACGUGGACGACGCCGAGCUGCUCAACCUUCUGCCUGUGUUUGAAGAACUUAGUCAAGCUGAUAAUGUUUACACCCGGCUGGACCAGCUUCGUGGACAAUAAGCUCUCAGUGGACCUGCUCGGCCCCUGCUAGAGCUCCGGCUUGAAACCUCUUCAGCUCCGAUAGAAGCGUACGCUGAGAAUAGAUACUAGAGUUCUCAGACGCUGUUCUGCUAGCCGCUGCACAAAAUCCUCUGUUUAGAAAAAUUGUAUUAUCAGCGUUUUUUAAGGAAAUUCCAAGCCUGGAAAACACAAUGUGUUUGGCUCAAUCGAAACUAUAGAUUGCAAUCUGAGGCCUUUCCUCUGAACCUCAGUGCUGACAUUAUUGACAACCACUAUUUGAAAGCACUAUGAGAAAGAGCGGGAGACAACAACCAAAGCAGUCCCAUCACAAUCACUCCAGUUAGUAUGAAUAUUAAACGUGGUUCUUUUGCCAAAGCAGAAGCCUGCCUGCCCUGACUUGACUUUUGGACAGUGUUUUUUUUUUUUUUUUUUAAUGAUUGUGCCUUUUAAGGAACAACAACAACAAAAAAAACAAAAAAACAGCUCUUUUUUGAAAUUUCCACCAGAUUUUAUACAUUUAUUGAUUUCUUUUUAUAGGUUGUUUUUAUAAGGAAAUCUAUUUUUAAACGGUGAACAUGGUUCUUCUAUGCAACCCAGUUGUGUAAUUACAUGGACAGUACCUCCUAAGCAGCCAGUCAAUAAUUGCAUUCAGCAGAUGUAAACAUUACUGUAGCCUUAUUUUCCUGUAAAUGAGCAGCAAAACAAAAAGUGUAUUUUACUUAUUUGUACUAUAAACAUAAUUUCUACAAAAACAUGCAAAUAUACAUCACUUGUGGUCAGAUUGCUAUUUGAUAUACUGGUUAUAAGUUAAGUAAACAGGGUGAAAUCUUGUCUUUGAUGGUCAGUUGAAAGCAGACACACUGGAGUAUGUUGGCACAUAGGACGGCCAUAAAUGCCACAGUUUUCAGUAAAGGUUUUAAUAAUAGUUAAUUUCUUACGAUGUCUUCUCUUUUUCUUACUAUAUGACAAACAACUUGCACUUGUUUUACAUUGACAGUGCUGAAAGUAAAAAAACAAAAACAAACUGUGCCUUUUUGAAAUUGGGACAGAGAAUGGUGUUCUGCCUGAAAAGAGAUUUGUAGGCCUACACAGUCUGAUGUGUCAUGCUGAGCGUGAGAAAACACUGUCAAGAGCAAGUGUAAUGCCAUGUGGCUCUGGUACUUGCAGUGCAACACUUGAAAAUAUCAAAUUUGAUUUUUUUAGCAUGUGUGAGCGUUUUGUUUUCUAUAUUUAUUGGCCUGUAUUGUCCAGUACUUCUUAAUGCUUCUUAAACAUUUUUGUAUUGUAAUCCAUUUGCCUACUUUGAGGCUGGCCUUGUGUUUAACUCUUUAUCUGUGCCUAAAUAACAUUUUGCUGUCAAAGUUUAUUGAUAAUUCAAAAACUUACGCAGUUAAAAUCAAACAAAUACAUGUAAGUCCAAGAUUCAAUCAUGCAAGAUUUAUUAUUUUUUUCCUUUCCAUUUUAAAUUCAGUACAACAGAUAUUUUGUAGGGGUUUGUUUUCUGGGUAAUAUGGUUUUUCUAUGAUGUUUUAAUGUCUGAUGCAAUUAUUGCCUGCAUGUUAACUAGUAAAUGACAAUGAAUUUGUACCAGUUGUGAUGACCAAAAGUAUUUGUUUAGACAGUCACAAUUUGUCUUUGUGUAUCAGAAUAAAUCAAAAACUCAUUUUGUCUACCUGAUCUGACCAAAACUCUAAAAGACAAGGUGCUACCAGUUUUUAUUUUAAAAUAAAAAUUGGUUAUAUUGUACUUUUGUGUGUGUUUUUCUCCACUGUGACACUAAAGGACACUUCAUUAGUCUGAAUGUA